AUGGCUACAUCGCCGAAGCCCACGCCGCGUCGCAACGUGACACUGCGCCACGUGCUGAUCUUCCACCGCCACGGCGACCGCACGCCUGUGCUCACGUCGUUUGGCACAGCCGCAGCGCCUCUGGUCGACGAGACGGCCUUUUGGGCGUCGAAAGUAGCAACGCCCGAGCAGCUCCAGGUCUUACUCGAGACGGCAAAGCCCGUGGGCGCUUCGGCAUUGCACCCGCCCGUGCUCUGUCCGUCCAAAGCGUCGCAGCACCCCUACGGUCUCUUGACUGGCCAAGGCGUUCGGGCCAUGACGGACAAGGGACGGGCACUGCGAGCGCGCUACGGCGCGUUGAUCGACAGCAGCAACAUCAAGCGCGAAGACGUCUACGUGCUCUCGAGCAGCGUCCCCCGCACGGUCGAGUCCGUGCAGUGCCUCCUGCGCGGCUUUUUCCACGACAGCGACACUGCCCAAGUGCCCCAGUUCCACGUGCACACGUACGAGCACAAUGUGCUGGCGCCGCGCCAUCCGCGCCAAGUGUUCAACGAGAUUGAGCUCCUGGUGAACGAUGACGUGCUCACGCUGCGCAGCGAGAGCGAGCGGGAGGCUACGAAACAGCUGGCGCUGUACCUACGCGAGUGUCUUGGGAUCACGAGUGACCAGCCACUGUCGUGGACGGCCAUUCGAGACGCGCUCAAGUGUUGUGCCGCGCAUGGGCGGCCGUUCCCGGACGGUAUCGAUCAAUCGAUCUUUUUGCAGGUCGAGGCGUACGACACGUGGCUCUGGCAGCGAUUGUAUCGCGGCAAAGACUUUUGCUACAGAGCGUUCAAAGAUGGCGUCAAUGAGGUGUACAGCUUUCUCAAGACAGUGGUCGAGCACAAGCAGCCGGCCAAGCUGUCGUUCUUCUCAGCCCAUGACAAUUCGAUUGUAGCGCUGUUGGGAGCGCUGCAGAUUGACGCGGGAACGCACUUGCCCGAGUACGGGUCGAUGUUGGCCUUGGAGAUGUACGAAGACGAGGCCACGCAUGAAUUUUUCAUCACGCCACGCUACGACAACGAAGUGGUGACGUUUGCGGGCCACGAACAGGACUCACUGUGUCCCUUCGUGCACUUUGAAUCGCUGGUGCUCGAGUUCUUGUCGCAUACGCCAGCUGAGCAAGCUCGAGCCAAGCACUGA